AAACAGACCAGAGACAUGUGCUUCGGGAGGAACUUCUAUCUAUUGAUGGAAUUGUGUUCGAAAAGUUCUGGGACAGUGUGAAAUCGAAUAAAGAAGAGAACAGAGGACAAGCGGAUUCCUAACGAUGGGAAAGUUGACGCCGAAAAAGAACACCCAGCAACAGAAGAAGUCGAAAGACCUCCAUCCGAACUCGAGAAAAGUGAAGCAGCUGGCGAAGAAACAACUGCAUAAGAUAAAGAUCCAGCAGAGGCGAUCCGAAGCCUCGAAUAAACUCAAGCCCAGGAUGGAGAAAUUCACUUUCUUCCAUUCCUGCUUGCCUGAAGGAGUCAAUCGACUCGGUGGUCCUGAGGUCAAGGUUCUCAUAGAUGGAUACUUCAGUCGCUUCGAUGACGAAAUCGCCAAGGUGAAAGAGGUUUCCAAGAUUCGAGGGAGCUCGACGCAAUACGCUGCGCGCCUCGAUGCCAUAAAAAUGACGCUGGAAAAUGAGCAGCAGGAGUAUCGCAGUGCUAACUUCGAAAUACCCGACUUGUUUUCAACGGAGAAUUUCAAAAUUUUCCGAGAGUGGGACCUCCGCGAGAGCUACCUCCCUAAAAUCAGAACGAAGCUUGUUUCCCCUGGUGUACUCGGUAAUUAUCCAUAA